GCGGCCACAUCGCCAUCGCCAUCGGCAUCGCCCUCCCCUCCGUCCCUCCCCAGCUGCGGUUGACGAGCGGCGCGUGAUUAUUUAUCGAGCGCAGCAUCACCGCUGCCCCUUUCUUCUCCGCCCCCACCGCGCACCGCCCCGACAAGGCACGGGAACCACGCCGCCCCUCCUCCCCGCGGACGCAGCCGUUCUCUGCUGACCUGCCCCCCUGCCCUCCGCUUCCGCCUCCAACGCCCGCCUUCGCCUCUUGCUAGGGGAGACCAGGGGGCCUCCACGAGUCCCCGCCGACAGCUCCCGCCGCCUCCAGGUCCAGGUGGAUCCCAUCCGCCGACCCUCCCAAAGAGGGGCUAGCUCAGCUCCCUGAUCUGAGCUGAAAUUAGGAUCUGAACAGUUUGGGCCAGCUGAUGCACGGCUCGCCGGUGUCCAAGGGCCUCAACCUCCCGGUGCAGCCGCCGAUGGCCUCAUCCGGGCUGCUGAGGUACAGAUCGGCGCCCAGCUCGGUGCUCGGCGAGCUCUGCGAGGACUUCCUUUCGGCCGGGGCCCGCGCUGCCAGCCCUGACGCCGGCGCCGACAACGUCUUCGCCAGGUUCCUGGCUGACCACCACAUCCGGGACGACAAGCCGGCGCCGGCGCCUGCCCCGGCCACGGGCCACUUCGCAAGUGAAGCAGACAUGGCCUCCCAGCAGCAGCAAAUGAUGUUCCACUCCCAGCACCAGCACCAGGAGAUGGUGGACGCCAAGUCUGGACUCUACCGCACCGUCAGCUCCGGCACGGAAACCGCGUCCGCUGCAGCCGCCGGCGUCGGUUCCAGCAACCUGACUCGUCAGAGCAGCUCCCCAGCCGGAUUCCUCGAUCAUUUGAACAUGGAAAACGGAUACGGUGCCAUGCUGAGGGCGGGCAUGAGCAUGGGCUUCAGGGACGGCAGCAGCGCCGCCACGGCCGAGUCUCUUGCAGGUGGUGGCAGCAGGCUAAAGGGGCAGCUCAGCUUCUCGUCACGGCAGGGAUCGUUGAUGUCACAGAUCUCAGAGAUGGACAGUGAGGAGGUUGGAGGGAGCAGCCCAGAGGCUGCAGGUGCUGGUAGGGGGUACAUCCCUAGGUACGCCAUGGGCUCCGGGUGGGAGGAGUCGUCGUCGUUCAUGUCGGAGAACCUAUCUGGGAUGAAACGCCCUCGGGAUUCAUUAGAGCCUGAGCAGAAUGGCCUUGCGCAACAGUUCAGCUUGCCGAAGACAUCUUCGGAGAUGGCAAGUAUUGAAAAGUUCCUCCAGUUCCAGGAUGCUGUGCCCUGCAAGAUCCGUGCCAAGCGAGGAUGUGCCACACACCCACGCAGUAUUGCCGAGCGAGUGAGGAGAACAAAGAUCAGCGAGCGAAUCCGAAAACUGCAAGAACUCGUCCCAAACAUGGACAAGCAAACCAACACUUCUGACAUGCUGGAUUUGGCUGUCGACUACAUCAAGGAUCUCCAGAAGCAGGUUAAGGUGUUAAAGGAGAGCAACGCUAAUUGCACAUGCUCAGCUAGCAAGAAUUAGCAGCACUCUAAUUGAAGCCCCAACUCUGCAAUGUACACUGCAAGUUCACUCGGCAUAUAAAAGAUGUUAGCGCAGCUCAUGUUUCUUUUGGGGGGUUUGAAUAGCAGCAGUUGGGAGGCUUGUCUACAAUGCUAUGUCACUGUGUAUGAGCAAAGGGGCAUGGAUCAGUGGCACCAUCAAGUAUUCAAGUGAUAAGGAGAUGGGUGGAAGUGGAAGUGUUGAAACAUAGGAGAAACAAUUGUAUAGUUUGGUUGUAACUUCGCUAUAUAUACUACCCUUUUGGUAGAAAGUUAUUACUUUACCCCUACUAGUGCAGCUGUAAAUGUGCCGCAGAUAAAGAGUAGAAAAACUUGAAGGUGUUCAAUGGAAGCAAUAUUGUUUCAAGUCUAUGAACAUAUCAUUGAAUUA